UGUAUUCCUCUGCCCCCACACCUCACAUACUCUCUUUCUCUUCUCUUCUCUGUCUCUGCAGAAGAGAGAGAAAAACAACGAAAGCCCCCAUCCCCACCAAACCCUUAUUUCAAAAUCCAUCCUUUCUUUUAUCUUUUAUCAAUAUAUAUACUACCUUGUUUAUAUAUAUAGAUUUGUAGCUCUUUCCUUUUAUAUAUAAAAGAAAAGAAGGCGUUAUCUCGAUUCAGCUUGUCUUGUUAUAGCUGAAUCUAGGAAUUUUUUUGGUUUUCUUUGCUUUUUUGAUUGCACGGUGGUGAUUAUAUCUGAGAGUGAAAGAUCGAGGUAUGCAGCAGGCUGAUCAGACGGUGUUGAGCUUGAGACCUGGUGGUGGUCGAGGGAAUAGACUCUUCAAUCCACGCUUGGAGUCAUCCUCAUCUAAUAAUUCAUCUUCUUCCGCACUUUCUUCUUCCUCCAUCGCUUUUGGUGAUCUUCCUCUCUUGCGUCCUCAUGGCGGUGCUGCUUUAAAGACUGGAGACUCACGGUUUGAGGUUCGUGAGCGAGUGCGGUACACAAGGGACCAAUUGCUGCAGCUCAGAGAGGCUGUUAUCAUCUCUGAUGAGAUUUUAAAAAUCAAACGGGAAUUUGAAGCUGAGCUUUUUGGUGAAGAUCAAAGCUGGAGUCGUGGAGAAAGCAAUCCACCAGUUCAGCCUCAGAGUCGUUAUUCAGAGCCAGACAAUCGUGAUUGGCGUGGUCGUACUCCGCAAUUUUCUUCGCCAGGAGAGGAGAGGUCCUGGGAUUCUCUUCGAGAAAACAGAGACUUGGUUGGUCGAUAUGACUCCAGACAGCAGGAAGCAAAUCAAUUUAGUCGUCAGGACCAACUCAACUCCCAAUUUGCAAGAUCUCAGAUUUCUUCCAAUCAAUCGGGAGGUCCUGCUCCAGCUCUAGUCAAGGCUGAGGUGCCAUGGUCAGCUAGAAGGGGUAAUCUUUCUGAGAAUGAACGUGUAUUGAAGACUGUGAAAGGUAUACUGAACAAGCUUACCCCUGAGAAAUUUGAUCUUCUCAAGGGUCAACUUAUUGACUCUGGCAUUACAUCGGCUGACAUCUUAAAGGGUGUGAUACAGCUUGUGUUUGAGAAGGCUGUUCUGGAGCCCACAUUCUGUCCCAUGUAUGCUCAGCUGUGUUCUGAUCUUAAUGAGAAGCUCCCUCCAUUCCCAUCAGAUGAACCAGGUGGGAAAGAAAUCACGUUCAAGCGAGUUCUCCUGAAUAUCUGCCAGGAGGCAUUUGAAGGUGCUGAUAAAUUAAGGGAGGAAGUCAGGCAGAUGACUGCUCCAGAGCAAGAGCUUGAACGCAGGGAUAAGGAAAGAUUGGUCAAGCUUCGUACUCUUGGAAAUAUCCGUUUGAUUGGAGAACUUCUGAAGCAGAAGAUGGUUCCUGAGAAAAUUGUUCAUCACAUUGUUAAGGAGCUUCUGGGACCUGAUAACAAAGUUUGUCCUGCUGAAGAAAAUGUCGAAGCCAUAUGUCAAUUCUUUAACACUAUUGGGAAGCAGCUUGACGAGGGUCCAAAGUCGCAGCGUAUAAAUGAUAUAUACUUUAGUCGUUUAAAGGAAUUGGCAUCAAACCCUCAACUGGCUCCUCGAUUAAGGUUCAUGAUUCGUGAUGUUCUUGAUCUGCGGUCAAAUAACUGGAUUCCUAGACGCGAAGAGGUUAAAGCCAAAACCAUUACAGAAAUACAUUCUGAGGCAGAAAAGAAUCUUGGAUUGCGUCCAGGUGCUACUUCAAGUAUCAGAAAUAGUCGUGGGGUUAUCUCUGCUGCUCCAGGGACUACUGGCCCAGGGGGCUUUCCCAUCAACAGACCUGGCACAGGUGGUAUGAUGCCAGGCAUGCCAGGAACUAGGAGGAUGCCUGGGAUGCCUGGAAUUGAUAAUGAAAAUUGGGAGGUUCCAAGGACCCGUUCAAUCCCAAGGGGUGAUGGAGCAACUAUGCAGCAGUCUACAGGACGUGUGCCAUCACCAAUGUAUAAUAAGUCAACAUCACUUAACGCUAGGUUAUUGCCUCAGGGAAGUGGUGGCUUUAUAGGUGGAAAGAGUAGUGCCCUAUUGCAGGGAAGUGGUGGCCCUUCUCCCCGUCCUUACAAUGUUGGUUUGGCUACAGAGCCUUCUCCUCAAACUCCCAUACCUAGUAAAACCCCCUAUAUGCCUCCUGUUGCAGAGAAACCAGUUGUUUCAGCCGCAAGUAUAAAUCCUGAUGAACUCCAGAGAAAAACAAUUUCGCUUUUGAAAGAAUAUUUCAACAUCCGACUUUUGGAUGAAGCAUUGCAAUGUGUGGAGGAACUGAAGUCCCCUGCUUACCAUCCUGAAGUUGUCAAGGAAGCCAUCUCCCUUGGCUUGGAGGAAAACCCACCCUGUGUUGAGCCAGUUGCGAAACUUUUGGAGUAUUUGUUUGCGAAGAAGGUUAUCACAGCUAAAGACGUAGGAACUGGAUGUUUGCUCUAUGGUUCAUUGUUGGAUGAUAUUGGCAUUGACCUACCAAAAGCACCUCAUAAUUUUGGUGAAAUUAUUGGGAAACUGGUUUUGGCUGGGGCAUUGGACUUUAAAGUGGUGAGAGAGGUCCUUAAGAAGAUGGAAGAUGAUAUGUAUCAAAAAGCUGUACUUGAUGCAGCGAUAAGGACCAUUGGUUGCAGUCCAAAUGGGCAAGGCUUAUUAGAUUCGCAGGCAUCUGAUAUUGAGGCUUGCCAGAGUUUGCUUUAGUAGGCGUGGCAUGCAAUUGUGUGAGUACUUGAGCGUCUGUAUCCACAAGAACUUUUUGUGCUUUGUUUCGAAUCAUAAUGCCCCGUCCCGAACCUUUUUGAGGCGAGCAAUUUGUACUAUGUGAUAAGAUGAAGCUGCCAAGAACAGGUUACUUUUUUUAUCUUUUUAAGUCGAUAUAUUUUCCCCCAAGGUCAUAGCUGUGUGUUAUUGAGCAAAGAAUCAAAACCAUAAUGCCAUGGAUUUUGUUCUCGAGCGUGGCUAAUUAUGUGCCUAAUAGCUUGGGAAGAGUGGCCCUUUUAAGGGAUCCAGUUGUUUUGUAUUUGAUUAGUUUUGAUCUUCAUUUUCUUGACCUUUUUGAGUAAUUUAGUUUAUUGUUUAAACUGCUCAGCUCAUAAAUCGUACAAUUUUAUCUUUGCACUAGUAAAGAGAUCAUUUCAUUUA